AUGCAUACUUUUAAAUUCUUAGUAUUUAUAUCGAUUUUAACAAUUAUUUUUGCCAAUAAUCUCAGACUUCGUGAAUUGAUAGUACGGGUUCAUGAAAAUAGUGAAGCAGCUACAAUAUAUUUCAUUGAAGUUGAAAGUGAAUUUCUGACCGAAUUCAUGAGAGCUGAGGUCUUCAUUCCAAUAUCUAUCUUCGCUUCUUCUGAAGCACUUAGCAGACCUGGACAGUCAACUAAUGUUAUCAUCGUUUACCAAAGUCCUGACGAAACUGAUAACCAUAACAGUUCCAAAGCACUGCAAAGUGCUAUCAAAAACAUUCAAGUUCGAAAGUUUGUUAUAGUCGUAGCUGAAAACUUAGAUAUCUUGCGUCAGUACUUUGAAUUCUUCAGAGAACAUAAGUUCAGUCGAAUCUUCGGAAUUAUUGCUAAUUCUUCGUCUUAUGCCUACAUGCCCUUUGCUGACAAUCCAAUACUAGAAUUAUUUAAAAGCAGCCGUUUUCUGCCGGACGCUUUAAAAGAUCUUAAUGGCUUUGCUCUGCGGACCACAGUUCAGACAGAUCCGCCAAGAACUUUUUGGUAUCCAAAUAAAAACGGACAAAAACGUAUUGCUGGACGAUUUGGCCAAAUUUUUGUACAGUUCUUGAGGAAACACAAUGCAAGUUUUGAGGAAAUACUUAUGAACGCUAGAAACAGGCUUGAUUUAGAAGGUAUCGUUAACGCAACUUUAAGCCACGAGGUCGAUAUCAGCAUGAAUUUGUGUUACCCAAAUAAAAAUCUUGACAUGAGUUAUCCUCUCAUAGUUUCGAAAAUUGUAAUAAUGGUUCCCUAUAAUGGGUUUCUACAUCCAAGUGAAUACUUCCUGAGGCCCUUCGCGACAACGACGUGGAUGGCAAUUGGAUUGAUGUUUGCAUUUGUAACGAUUGCUAAAAUCCUGCUUGAUUCAUUCAUAGAUAAAGAUGUGGAUGUAUGGUCUAGCUUCAGUUUCACCUAUCUCACGAUGCUAAAUUUACCAACCGAUAGGCCGGUUUACUAUCGGUUUCACUUGCUGGUUCUGAUUUUUGCAUUCAUCAUCGGAACACUGUUCGUAUCUUAUUUCCAAUCAUAUUUGACAGUUUACAUCUCGAUCAAACAGUAUGACACCAUCCAAGACCUGGUGGACCACAAUAUCUCGGUUUUGAUUUCAACUUUCGGAUGGAAUAUAAUCAAAGAUGAUCCCUUGCCGCAGGGUUUGGAUCAAAUCAUUCUAACAAUUCACCCAACCUUAUUUAUCCCCAAGCUUGUGUCGAUGCGAGACACCAACUUUGCCUACAUCGUCGACGACGAUAGGUGUAAAUUUUACAUCGACCUUCAGUCCUCGUAUAGAAAGAGUUUAUUUCACAGAGCCCGACAACCAGUCAAUAGCUAUUUCAUAGGCUUCUUGUUACCAUUUCAUUCACCAUUCAAAGAAAUUUUAAAUAAUUUCAUUUUCGAAAUAUGGCAAACUGGAUUAAUUCAGAAGUGGGAUUCGGAUGUAAUUUUUCAAGCAAAGGCCGCUAAUUUUAAAUUAAAUAUGUACAAAGAAAAAGAUGGUAAUGAUGAUUUGAAUCGUUGUGUUAAGUUGACUUUAAAUCAUUUACUUUUUGCUUGGAAAUGGUUGAAGACUGGAUUGUUAAUAGCGACGAUGGUUUUUAUAAUGGAACUUUAUUACAGCUGGUAUUUUGGAAAAAAGCCACAUUGA